CCAGAGGCUUUUAUUUUGACAGGUGAAGGAUGUGCGCGACCACGCGCUCGACAACCGGAUGGAGUCCUUCUUCCUGGCCGAGACCAUCAAGUACCUGUACCUGCUGUUUGACCCCGCCCACUUCCUGCACGGCGGGGGGGCGGAGGGCGACGGGUCCUGGGAGGCGGGCGGAGAGGACGGCCAGUGUGUGUUGGGGGCGGGGGGGUUCAUCUUCAACACGGAGGCCCACCCGCUGGACGCCGCGGCGCUGCACUGCUGCAGCCAGCACGCCGCCGAGCGCCGCGCGCUGGCUGACAUCCUGCUGCGCCGCGCGCAGGACACACAGGGCCCGCCCCCCGGCCAAUCACAGGCACAGAGCCCGUCCCCCGGCCAAUCACAGACACAGAGCCCGCCCCCCUGCCAAUCAGAGAGCAUUGCUCUGAAGCCCGGCGAGAAGAAGACGCCGCCGGCGCUGUCCUGUCCCGUUCAGCCUUUCAGCGCCCGGCUCGCCGUCCUCGGACAAGUCUUCACCGACAACACCUGACGGUCAGGUGACCAGCCGCCGGUCAGGUGACCGGC